CAUCGAGGAAAAUUUAACGUCCGUGGUGCUGCUGUCGCAGAAACUGAACACUUCGAUCCACUUUGAGUUGCAGCUACGCAGGAAAUCCCUACGUUGCUUCAUUCUGAUCGGCGGCGCAGUAGCCAUGUCAUCGCCGGAUCGGCACGACGGAUCAUCACGAGAAAUCGGCGUGGAGCCGGGAGAGAGUCAUCGUCGUCGGCCCGGUAUACUUAGGGCCGCCGAAUAACGCCGGCAACCGAGAGAUCCUCGGUAACCGAAGGAUCGAUACGAGCGGAUCGAUCCACCAGCUCGCAACCUACGGCCUCCUUGCUGGCCUGGCCAGCUACUAUGCGAAUUGAAGCUCUCAGCACCCUCGUCGCGGUGGUUUGGCUGACCGCAGUCCUGUGCCCGCGGCUUACUGCCGCCAACAAUCUGACUUUAUCCUCCUCCUCUCGAAGGCCCAGGGAAGAGCCUUUCAGAGGACAUAUUUCUCGUUGGGCAGAACCACUAGAGGAGUCGACGAACAAGCGGAUGACAUAUCGAGAGAUGCAGAUGAUACUGCGUCAAGAAGGCGAGGACGGCCGCCCGGUCGAUUGCUGUCCUACGAUAGAGGAAAUGGUAGAACCGUUUGGCGGUCGAACUCGAGAAGACAUGUACGUCGAGCUCUAUCGAGAUGGCGAGAACGUCCAGAGAUUCUUCGAGUACUCCUGCAGGCUAGACGUUGUCGGCAAGCCGUGCAGAUUCGUCGAUCGGAAAUUCAGCAACCGGUCCAUAUGCGUACAAAAGCAUUCGUAUACGUACGCUAUCAUCAAGAGUCCUGGAUCGAAGACUGGAACGGAGGAGCACAGAAGGCACCACCAUAGGGAACGCCAUCAUUUUCCCGCGUUUUCCGGUAACACCGUGAGCGGAUCCGAAUGGACAUUGGAUUACAUCAGAGUACGAAGUGGGUGCAGCUGCGAGAUCAUGCCGAAGCCGAAGAAGAAGAAAAUUGCGGCGAAGACGAAGAAAACGAAGAGCAAACAGCGUCAACCAAGGGAUCAAGAGUCGGACUUUGAAACGUGAAAGUGUCGAUUCGUGUCCUAAUGACAGUAAUUGUAUUGCGACUGACAAGAGAAUGCGCGUGCGAAUGUGAGAUUAUGUAUAAGAUGUAGGAAUGUGCGUUUGAAGAAUAUUACUAAUCGUCGGAUGCAAUGAAACGUU